CAGCUCCGUUCUCCACGAUGGGGGGGGUCUGGAUGUUGAACUUCUCUGUGGUUUCCCCAGGACCCCCUGACGGCUGAAGAGCCGACCGGAGGGGACCAGGAGGUCGUCGUGAUCAAAGAGGACCAAGACGAAGGGAUGGACGACCUCGCUACUGACGAGCUGUUGCUGGACGGCGACCCGCUGGACCUCGAACCGGCGGAACCGCUGGGAGGGAAAAGGUUUCAAGCGAAGGAGGAGGAGGACGAGAGCGAGGAGGGGCCCUCUGGGAUGAAGGUGUCGGACAGCGACGCCCACUCCUGGGACCGCCACGGUACCGGGCCGGCGGAGAGACUGGGGUCCUACAGCGCGCCGGGUUCCCCGGGCCCAACCGGAGCGUCGGAAAUCGUGUACGACCUCGCCGCGGAGCUAGACUGCGGCGCCCGGAGACGGUUCCUGCUCCGGUCGGGAGGAAGUCCCGCCUCGCUUCCCGGGACCUCGGAACCGUACCAGGGCUCGGCCCAGACCUGCUCGCUCCCCUACGACGGCGAGCUGGACCCGGGCCCCUCGUGGACCGGUAUGUCCGGCGGCCAGCGGCCGGCGCUGCUCGCCCUCGGCCGGCCGCGCCUGGACUCCCUGGACCUGAACCGGUACUGCCGGGACCGGCGCUUCGCCUGCAGCUACUGCGGGAAGUGCUUCACGUCGUCGCGGAGCCUGGAGACGCACGUGCGCGUACACACGGGCGAGCGGCCCUACAGCUGCGCCCAGUGCGGGAAGCGCUUCACGCAGUCGGGGCACCUGAAGACGCACCAGAGCGUCCACACGGGCGAGCGGCCCUUCGCCUGCCAGCGCUGCGGCAAGAGGUUCGCCGGGAAGCAGAACCUCCGGAUCCACCUGCAGAAGCACCACAGCGAGCAGGGGGGGGUCUCCAACCUCCUCUGGUCUGGUUCUGGUUCUGGUUCUGGUAGCGGGAUGUCGGUGCCCAGCAGCAGCGCGGCUCUGCAGCAGCAGCUGUCCGGCAUCAUGGCGGCGCUGAGCGAGGCGGCGGUGCUGCAGAUCUGCGAGGCGGUGCAGGCCGGAUACGCCGCGCUGCGGAUGGAGAUCUGCCGGAGUCAACAGGAGAACCAGGACCUGAGGAAGAAGCUGCACCUCAUCGAGUCCAUCGUGGGCCGGAGCGGGGGGGCGCAGGCGGUAGAGGAGGCCCGGGGGGCCGGGGAGGACCGGGCAGCCCCUGGACCGGACCAGGACCAGGACCAGGACCAGGUUCUGGACGUGGUUCUGAUCAAAGACGAGGACUCCGACAGCAGCGACGCCACUGAGGACGCUGCCGGGUCGGCGGACGGCGCCGCGGCGACCACCGUCAGCCGGCGGAGGAGGAGACGUAGCCGUGGAAACGAAGACGGCGAGAGGUCGUCGUCCUCCGAGCAGCCGGCCGUGACGCUGUCCGCCGCCGCGGCGCAGAACACGUUGACCAUCUACAUGCUGGACCCGCCCGGCGCCGAGGACGUCCAGAUGGUCCGGGACGUCUCCCCGGGGCCCUCCGGCGCCGGCCGGCCCCCGUACUUCAGCGGUGGCGCCCCGGCGGAGGCCCGGUCUCCGCCGGACACGGACCCGGACCUGGACUCCCCCUGGACGCGGCAGCCCGGAGCUCCGGCCAACCCGGGCUUCUCCCGGUUCCUGCAGACCCAGAUGGACGACGACGGCGACGCCUUCGGGCUGAAGCUGGUCAGCGUCUCCGGCGCCGCCGCCGGCUUCGAGGACGACGGCAGCGGCGGCAGCGCGGUAAACUUCGGGCUCUACGGUGAGGUGCCGGCCGGGUCGCAGCCGGCCGGCACCGCCGCCGCCCACAGAAAGCGCUUCAUCUGCCCCGUCUGCAACAAGGCCUACGCCAACGCGCAGACCCUGGAGGUGCAUCUGCGCAUCCACACGGGCGAGCGGCCCUUCAGCUGCAACCAGUGCGGCAAGAAGUUCACGCAGUCGGCGCACCUGAAGUCGCACCUGAACAUCCACACGGGCGCGCGGCCGUACACCUGCAGCCUCUGCGACAAGAGCUUCGUCAUAAAGUACAGUCUGACGCUGCACAUGAGGAAGCAGCACGCCAACGCCUGAG